UUGACCAAAUACUGGUGAUUAGAGAAGAGAGGUGUUUUGUUUUUUGUUUUUUUGUUUUUUUUUUUCCUGAUCAUUAUGAACACUGGCUUUUCACCCCUGAAGUAAAAAUGUUGAAAACCGAGUCUUCAGGUGAACGAACCACUCUCAGAAGUGCCUCUCCUCACAGGAAUGCUUAUAGAACUGAGUUCCAGGCACUGAAAAGUACCUUUGACAAACCCAAGUCAGAUGGGGAACAAAAAACAAAAGAAGGUGAGGGCUCCCAGCAGAGCAGGGGGAGGAAAUACGGCUCCAACGUCAACAGAAUUAAGAAUCUAUUCAUGCAGAUGGGUAUGGAACCCAAUGAAAACGCUGCAGUCAUUGCCAAAACAAGGGGGAAAGGUGGACCUUCGUCUCCGCAGAGAAGAAUGAGGCCCAAAGAAUUUCUGGAAAAAACAGAUGGCUCAGUUGUUAAGUUGGAGUCCUCCGUUUCAGAGCGAAUCAGUAGAUUUGACACAAUGUACGAUGGCCCUUCAUAUUCUAAGUUCACAGAAACUCGGAAGAUGUUUGAGAGAAGUGUGCAUGAAUCAGGACAAAACAACCGCUAUUCCCCAAAGAGAGAGAAACCUGGAGGGAGUGAACCUCAGGAUGAAUGGGGUGGCUCGAAGUCCAACAGAGGCAGUACCGAUUCCUUGGACAGCCUUAGCUCCCGGACAGAGGCUGUCUCCCCAACUGUGAGUCAACUGAGUGCAGUAUUUGAGAACACCGAUUCCCCCAGUGCCAUUGUUUCUGAGAAGGCAGAGAACAACGAAUACUCCGUGACUGGGCAUUAUCCCCUGAAUCUACCAUCUGUUACUGUUACAAAUCUUGACACCUUUGGUCACCUUAAGGAUUCUAAUUCUUGGGCUCCUCCAAGCAAACACGGUGAUGAUGCAGAGGAUGCUCAGAAGGGUCAUACAACUCCAGUACCAGAAGUGGCUUUGAAAAGUACCUCUCUAGCCCCAGUGCCCAGUGAAGAGACACAGCAGAGCAAGGACGCCGAGGACUCCACAUCUAACCAAGAGACUCCUGUCGGGAUUGACAGAGACAUUCCUGAAGAACCUUGUGCUGAAAAUAAGGCAAUGCCAGAGUCAGAAAUCCCUUCACCACAAAAUGAACCUUUAGAAGACGCCGAAGCUAAUUUAGUUGGGAGUGAGGCAGCAAUGCAUCAGAAGAAAGACCUUGCAGGUGGUGAUUUUACCUCUGCUGCUGCUUCUGGAUCCAGGUGUGGAAAGGAAGUACCUGAAGAUUCAGAUCAUUUUGAGAGUACCCAUGUUUACAUGCACAGUGACUAUAAUGUGUACAGGGUAAGAUCCAGGUAUAAUUCAGACUGGGGAGAGACAGGCACUGAGCAGGAUGAGCAGGAAGAGAGUGAUGAAAACAAUUAUUAUCAACCUGAUAUGGAAUACUCGGAAAUUGUUGGAUUGCCAGAAGAAGAAGACAUCCCAGCAAAUAGGAAAAUUAAGUUUAGUAGUGCUCCAAUUAAGGUUUUCAGCACAUACUCCAAUGAAGACUAUGACAGGAGGAACGAUGAAGUGGACCCCGUGGCUGCUUCUGCCGAGUAUGAACUUGAAAAGCGUGUAGAAAAGCUGGAACUUUUCCCAGUGGAACUAGAGAAAGAUGAGGAUGGACUUGGUAUAAGCAUUAUUGGAAUGGGUGUUGGAGCAGAUGCCGGACUUGAAAAGCUGGGAAUAUUUGUCAAGACAGUAACAGAAGGUGGUGCUGCUCAGAGGGAUGGCAGAAUACAAGUCAAUGACCAGAUUGUGGAAGUGGAUGGAAUCAGCUUGGUGGGUGUCACACAGAAUUUUGCUGCAACAGUUCUCAGAAACACCAAGGGCAAUGUCAGAUUUGUUAUUGGGCGAGAAAAGCCAGGACAAGUGAGUGAGGUUGCCCAGUUGAUAAGCCAGACGCUGGAACAAGAAAGGCGCCAGAGAGAGCUGCUCGAGCAGCACUACGCCCAGUAUGACGCCGACGAUGAUGAGACAGGAGAAUAUGCCACAGAUGAAGAGGAGGAUGAAGUAGGACCUGUUCUUCCUGGCGGUGACAUGGCCAUUGAAGUCUUUGAGCUGCCUGAAAAUGAGGACGUGUUUUCCCCAUCAGACCUGGACACAAGCAAGCUCAGUCACAAGUUCAAAGAGUUGCAAAUCAAACAUGCAGUUACAGAAGCAGAGAUUCAAAAAUUGAAGACCAAGCUGCAAGCAGCAGAAAAUGAGAAAGUGAGGUGGGAGCUAGAAAAAACCCAACUCCAACAGAACAUAGAAGAGAAUAAAGAGAGAAUGCUGAAGUUGGAGAGCUACUGGAUUGAGGCUCAGACCUUAUGCCACACAGUGAACGAGCACCUCAAGGAGACUCAGAGCCAGUAUCAGGCCUUGGAGAAGAAAUACAACAAAGCAAAGAAAUUGAUCAAGGAUUUUCAACAAAAAGAACUUGAUUUCAUCAAGAGACAGGAAGCAGAAAGAAAGAAAAUAGAAGAUUUGGAAAAAGCUCAUCUUGUGGAAGUUCAAGGUCUGCAAGUACGGAUUAGAGAUUUGGAAGCUGAGGUGUUCAGACUACUGAAGCAAAAUGGGACUCAAGUUAACAAUAACAACAACAUCUUUGAAAGAAGAACAUCUCUUGGUGACGUCUCUAAAGGAGAUACCAUGGAGAAUUUGGAUGUCAAGCAGACAUCUUGUCAAGAUGGCCUAAGUCAAGACCUGAAUGAGGCUGUCCCAGAGACAGAGCGCCUGGAUUCAAAAGCACUGAAAACCCGAGCCCAGCUCUCUGUGAAGAACAGACGCCAGAGGCCCUCUAGGACAAGACUCUAUGAUAGUGUCAGUUCAACAGAUGGAGAAGACAGUCUGGAGCGAAAGGGUUUGAGAACUUCUCCAGAAUCAGAUUCUGGUGCUCCAUGCCUCACUCCAGUGGCUGGCAGUGUGCCCUUCUCAUCUGACCACAUAGCUGAAUUUCAAGAGGGACCACUGUGCCUGGAAAAAGAGCCUUCCUCCCUUAUUUGGGGAGACACUUCACUCUCCUCUCCUUCAAAAUCUGAUCAUGAUAUGGAAGAAUCUCCAUGCCACCAUCAAGCCACCACCAAGAAAAUAUCACAAGAAAAAGGUGGUGCCAAAGGUCCCAAAUCACUAAGGGCAUCCAAUUCACUGGUGGUACAAGGAGGAAAAAUUAAGCGCAAGUUUGUGGAUCUGGGGGCACCUUUGCGAAGGAACUCCAACAAGGGAAAGAAAUGGAAAGAAAAGGAAAAAGAAGCCAAUAGGUUUUCUCCAGGUAGCAGGAUCUUCAGAGGCAGGCUGGAACACUGGAAACCCAAGCCGUCUCCCGUGCCUCACGCCUCCACCCGCUCGCCGUGCAUGCCUUUCUCGUGGUUUAAUGAGAGCCGAAAAGGAUCCUAUUCCUUCAGGGACCUGCCUUCACCUACAAGUCCCCUUCAGCCUUCUCCUGAAACUCUAAUUUCAGAUAAAAAGGGGUCCAAGAAUUUUACCUUCAACGAUGACUUCAGUCCCAGUAGUACGAGUUCAGCAGACCUUAGUGGCCUGGGAGCAGAACCCAAAACACCGGGGCUCUCUCAGUCCUUAGCACUGUCGUCAGAUGAGAUCCUUGAUGAUGGACAGUCUCCCAAACACAGUCAGUGUCAGAAUCGGGCCAUUCAUGAAUGGAGCGUGCAGCAGGUUUCUCACUGGCUAAUGAGCCUAAAUCUGGAGCAGUAUGUAUCUGAAUUCAGUGCCCAAAACAUCACUGGCGAGCAACUCCUGCAGUUGGAUGGAAAUAAACUUAAGGCUCUGGGAAUGACGUCAUCCCAGGACCGAGCAGUGGUCAAAAAAAAACUCAAGGAAAUGAAGGUAUCUCUAGAGAAGGCUCGGAAGGCUCAAGAGAAGAUGGAAAAACAGAGAGAAAAGCUGAGGAGGAAGGAACAAGAGCAGAUGCAGAGGAAGUCUAAAAAGACAGAAAAGAUGACCGCUGCAUCGGAGGGCGCUGGUGAACAGUAACACACACCCCCCUCGCACACAGCUCUCCCCCCUUCCCACCCUGCUCUCCUCCCCGCGGACGAAGGAACUGAUGGAAGGGGUAACGUGCUCUAGGCCGACUGGGGAACUGCUUGUGGCAAAACUGCAAUUUUCUGCAAUAAUAGAAUGCACUUUUAAUUUUCACCUCCUGAAAUAAUCCCAAGCCACCUUUGUUUAUUACCAAACCAAGGAUCUCGUUUGUGAAAGAUGCAGAAUAGCUGUGUUUCUCUCUUCUCAUACUUACCAACCCCUUGUGGGGGAACCAGAGUCACCC